AGUUCUUUCAGGCAGACGUUCAACCCGAAUUGACUGAAAACUGAAGGCAAAGACGAGGUUCUUUUUGUCCUAACACAUUCCCCCCCGAGGAAUAUAUAAGAAAUCACCGCACAAAUAAUUUUCCCAAAAGCAACCAUCAUUCCCAAAAGUGCCUCCAAUCAAAUCGAAAACGAGCCGGAAACUUGCAAUUUGGGUGCACCCACCAGCACCUGAGCUUGCAUUUGACAACAUUGCACACUUGCAACUCCUCGACCAUUAUACGUGGUAACCCAACAUCUUGCUUGAUCGCGGUUCUUGAUAAGAAAAAUGGUGGAAGAAAACCAAAACCGACGCUCUUCGCAGAUGCAGGGCCGUGUCGCGCGGGUGGGUUGCUGGGCCAGGGUCUUGGGCCGUGGAGGAGGUUUUUCCUGCCUGAUGCUGCCGCAGCUAUUCGGGGGCAAUCUCUGCAUGCGCGACAUGUCUUUUUUCGUGUCAGCUGAGCGCCGCGGGUUCAUGGACAAAACGCCCAAGCCGCCGCUAUCCAAUAAAAAUCUUGAUGUUGGGGCAGAAGUGAUGGAGUUUCAUCUCUUGUGAAGACGAGUACAGAGACAGAGUAGCUCUGCAUACACAAGAAUAAAAAGGCCAAACACGCUGCUUUAAGCUGCAGCGUGGGCUGCUUAGUACUAAAUUUAUGCAAUGUAGUUCCGCAUCGUUUUGCUUCGGUUCUUCUCCUUUCGGUACACUAAACUACAACCGAAUCCGACGGUGUCACUGAUUUCCAUCUCACGCACACUGCAAAUGGUAAAACUGUUGCUGUUCUUCUGCAGACUCCAACUGAACUGUUUUUACACCUUUCACGAGGACAGCUAACUUCAUUCGCUCCACCACGACAAAGUAGAUUUUUCCUUUCCAUACCCUCCAGGCAAGGAGUAUGACCGCGGCGGUGGGAUUGCACUACAGCGGGCUAUCAUUGAGUGGGACAACUACAUCUUCGACACGGGAGUAAGCAUGCUGCAGAAUGUGUACUACUCCGCCAAAGACGUUGCCGUUGGGGCUUUGAUGCCUGGAUCUUCUGCAAAUCAAGACGACGAAGCGGCGGGUGCUGCAACUUCAAAGUUGGCGCGCAAGCACCCGGAGAAGCGGAAGAAGUGGGCUGCGGUGACCCGGGUUGGGAACACCGAUGGUGAUGACAGCAAGAGCAACCCGGCGGACAUGAUCCCGCAAGACGCCGAGUUUUUGAAUGAAGAGGGGACGACGAAUGAAGCGGGUCGUGAUUCGAAACCGCGGAACUCUGACGACUCUACGUCAAGCCUUCAGAGGCAUCUUCACUCAGCGUCCAGCUCCGCGCUGGAGAAGAAAAGCAAGGAGUUCUUGGCGGAGGAACAACAAGGUGCGAACGAUGCUCGCGUCCGUGACAACGCUGAUUCUGCUGGGCAAAAUAAUGCUGGGAAAAAUGACGAACCUGAGUCCAAAGACCAUGAUUACGAUUCUUCGUGGGCUGGCAAAGUGUCGAGUUUCUUCCAAGCGGCCAGCGACGCGGUAAUUGGAAGCUUUUUCCAGGUGGGAACCGCGAAAACUACUGCGGAAAGUAGCGGCGACAAAAAUCUUCACCAGAGCAAGGAGCGAGAUCAGCAGCUGCUCCCGCAGCAGUCCUUUCUCGAAGAAACACUGCCACCCACGAACAACAUUGGCGUAAUAUCGACGCCGGCUCCGCAGUUUUCUCCGAUUGGUUCGCCUUUGUUGGUGCCCGCAGGAGAAGGCACAACACCGUGGGAACCUGCCUCUCCGGAGACUGCUUCGGGGGGGUUUCUCGAGCAGGUUUCGAGCGUGUUGCAGGCGGGGACUGAUGCGGUUGGAAGUUUGUUUCAGAGAACCAGUGCGGUAGUGGGGCUUUCACCGGGUGAUCAUCAGCAUGCACAGGUGGAGCAGGAGGCCGAGCUCUCUGUGAAGACGACCAGCACGACAGAAACGUCGCCUCAUCCGCCGGCGCCGCGUGCGGAGGGUUGUCCGUCAGACGAUCAAACUGUGGCAUCAAGUGUAUCGCACAGAAAAAAGCUAGCACUUCUCAACAGUGGUAAAAACGCAUGAUGCGUAAUAUCGAAAUGCAGUUGCAAUUGCACGCGAAAGACAAUAAAUACAAUAGUUCAAAAAGAUUGUGUUUGUGACGCGCACGGCCGUCGCAUGACACUCUGCAAGACUGGUUUUUGUUCAGCACGGCUUGUCUCUUUUCUACUGAAGUUGAGAUGCUAGUAGUUAUAUUCUGUACGAUAAAACCAAAACGAAGCCGUGUUGACGACAGCCACAACGGAAACGUCGCCGCACCCGCCGGCACCACCUGCGGGAAGUUUCACAGAGCUGCGAAAGGACCGCGCGAAACCAAGUUUGGAUCCCAGUAAGAACGAGAAUGCCAACGCGGACCAGGAGCUACGGACGUACAAACGCCACAUGGGUGCUGCUAUCGAGAAGGUGAAGGGGAUGGAUCGAGCGCGGCGCAAACUGCAACGAAAAUUGGAGUACCCAGAACUACGUGAGUUUGUCCAGUUGCGGGAAAGCAGGGCGAAUAAAGAACAAGAAGCAGAGCGUGCAAAUAAAGCAGGCUCUGAGACGAGCGGAGAGCGAGGACCAAGUGAUCAUGCAGAACCAGCAGCAGCGGGAAACGCAAAUCUGACUCGUCUUCAGGUGGAGAUGUGCAAACUCGGGCCCAGCGUUGCCGGGCUGGUUCCCAUCGAGCAUUUUUUUGUCACGUUUUACAAAGAAAAUUCACCGGUUGAUGUUGGUGCCCAAGCCGCCAAGGGCCAUACCCGUAUCGUGGUUGCGGAGUAUGAGGGAAGCGGUUUGGAUAUCGCCACCCUGGACCAGCUUGACCACGAGCAGGCGGAUUCGAGUAUUUCCAUCUACCAGGGCAAAAGGCGGAAGUACAGCAGCAUCAACAAUCCGGGGUUCUUUGGCAUUGAAACGUGGACGGACGACUUGGACGCCUAUAAGGAAAAACCUGAAGAGAAGAAGAAAAAGGCAAAGUCCCUUAUUUGUUUGGGCAUGGUCCCUGACAGCACCCCCCAAGCCGCAUUGAUACAACGACAAGGUCUGGGUGAUGAAAUUCCUUAUGAUGUGGGCACCUCGGGUCCGAAACAAAACGAGUUCAGGUUAUACUCAUUCGAUGAUCCUGUUGAGAUUAAGGACCUGGUUGGGCUUGUGGGUCAGACGAUGGGGUAUGGGUGGAAUGAAGAUUACUCACUCAAGGGAUCGCAACUGUCAACACUUUGUAAAUGCGAUUGUGAAUCUUUUUUCUCCGCGACGGUACAACAUAUCUGUGCAGACACGAGCCCUGUCAAACACGGUACUAAAUAUCGUAGUGCCAGAUCAUGUGGUACCUGCGGAAAGGGUAGACACUGA